AACCACUAUCUACCUUGAACACUCUGCGUACUUUUCCCUGAAUAUACUUACUCUGCAGGACGUUGAUUGUUGUGUAAGUGUAAAUUCGGGUCGUGGAAGCGUGUUAUGAUGUGCUGGAAUUACGUGGCUGCCGCAAGGCUGCUGCGUUUCCGUCUUUGAAGACCGCAUCUCUGAUCCACACAGCAAACGUGCGACAAGCCUAGUACGCCUUAUAAAGGCGGAAGGGGCGGAGUAUUUGCUGCCCGAGAUUUUACCGGCAUGAGCAGACGCAUACAAGGUGUAUCCAAUGCUCAGUACGGUCAAGGAGCAAUUGCGCAGGCCGCACACGAUGAACACCUUGUAUGGGUGGAUCAAAGUGGCACCUCAAAUGUCUCCAACGUCAAGUAUGCAAACCAUACACCAGCUGCGGGCUUUCAGUGCAAGCAGUGUCACAGCCGAUUCAUAAGCCAGGAGAUGACCGUGUUGCAUGAGCAAAUGGAACAUGCGAAAACUCUCCUGCGUUAUCGCAGUAUCGGUGUGCGUGACAAUCCAAUCAUCGUUCACGGAAAGCCCUCACACACCGCGUACGCGCCUUCAAGCCUGCAGUCAAGCGUCCCGGCGGACCCCGGUUACAAGGCCUUAGAUCGUUUUGUAUAUACAAGGUGUGUCUAUUCAGUGCUCAU